UAGAGCAAGAGAAGGCUGGGAGUUUAUACGUGUGUGGGUGUCCGGGGACCAGGAAAUCUUUGUCGAUGGAGAAAGUGAAACAACUCUUGUUUCAUUGGGCUAAUGAGGCGGGGCAUCAGCAACCGAAUGUGUUAACCAUAAAUUGUACUUCACUGGCAAAAACGUCAGAUAUUUUCGGCAAGAUAUUGGGUGAAAGCCAACCGCGAAAGAAAGUUAAUGGUGUUACCUCUCCCUUGCAACAUUUGCAGAACUUGUACUCUCAAAAGCCCCAGCCAUCUGGCAUGAAGAUGAUGCUGAUAAUUGCUGAUGAGUUGGACUAUUUGAUUACUAAAGACCGGGCCGUUCUUCAUGAUCUUUUCAUGCUUACAACAUUCCCCUUCUCCAGAUGUAUAUUGAUAGGAAUAGCUAAUGCCAUAGACCUAGCAGAUCGUUUUCUUCCAAAACUUCAGUCAUUAAAUUGCAAACCUACGGUGGUAACUUUUCGGGCCUACUCUAAAGAUCAAAUCCUCAAGAUACUUCAUGAGAGGCUAAUGUUUGAGGAACUCAAUUGUAAAUUUAACCAUGUACAAGGAAAUGGAAGGAAUUAUCAUUUUGAGAAAUAG